GGCUCUCACUGAUGAUGUCACGUUCCAUCAGGAAGUAAGUGAUGAUGUCACAGUCCUAUGGUACCUCAGCAUUCCGGAGGGUAAACAAAAGCUCACAAAUUCCGUUGACAUUCAGUUAGUAGUCAUUACACUAAGAAGACAGUUCGUGAUAACUUAACCUUGUUCAGAGAAGACAUUUUCAAGACGAAAACCAAGUUUGAGUGAUAUGGCAACAAAGACAACCAACGCCAUGGACCAAACAACCAGUCCACGGGAAGAGGACCCUCCUCCUACUACAGUGGACACAAUCCGCCCCAUUGUGGAUUCUUUCUUCAAAUGGAUUGAACCCAAGCAGUGGGCUCUUUUGCUCUCAGGAAACCCUGAUGACGAAACCAGGUACAUGCUGGUGGAGCUGCUAACCAACAUGAUGGCGCUCAUUGUACAAUCAACGCUGGCGGAAGUUGCAAGGACAGGAGUUAAACCUUGGGAGUACCUGUCGUCUAGUUUGGGGGACGCACUACCUCGAGCUUUCGCUCAAGCUCUGGACGUUCCAGAUGAGGUCUGCCGUGAGAGCUCGCACCCUUUGACGAGCAUCAUCGUCAAAGAAGCAGCAGCAGCGUCUGUCAGCUCCAUGUACUUCGUUCGCAUGUACCCAGCGAAUCCAUAUAGAAAGUACACCACUGCUCUACUAACAGUGGAUGAAAUGGUUGAUCGCACCAUCAAAAUGCUGCAAGAGUGCACAGAGAAGAAAAGAGUGAUGUCCAAACAUCAACCGCUGCAGCUGAAAUGCAGCCCAGACAUUUCCAUACCCAGACACACCCAAGAAGACCGAGAAGACCUGGAGUCUAUAAAAAGUGAUGUCGCAGAAUGUGUGGAAGAGAAACCUGCUCUAGACCGCAACGUGUCUCUAGCAAGCAGGAUAAAGAUAUUCUUCAAAAAGACAGUUUCCAAAAGGUCACCUCUGGCACCAACAGAGACACCCGAUGAUACAGAGGUCACAUCUGGUGAAGACACAGAUUUGGUGUCCGCCUUUACAUCUGAGGACAACCCAGAAGAGGACACAAGACCAAAGGAAGAAGUAUUUGUGAGCAGUGUCACAAAGGACCUGAUUUCACGGGUCUUUAAAAAGUCAGAGUUGAUCUGCGCUACAGAUUCCCUAGAUGACAUCUACCAGUGGCUGUUCAACAAAAUCUGGGAUGAGGUCAACAGCGAAGAUUUAAAUAUCAACUUAAACAAGUUGAAGAAAGUGGACAAGGCCAUUCUCAAGGAGCUCCGUAAAACACUGCACUGCUCCAAGAAAAUUGUGGGGGUGCUUAUGACCUUAAAGGAUCCAUAUAUUGAAAACUUGAUUGUAUCUUCUUUUAAGAAGCAGUUGAAAAAACACUCCGAGGAACCUGGCACCAUCACAGAGUUUUUCACAGCGUUAGGAAGAACUUUAACCUACCCUACAUACGGUCUCACAAUACUGGUGUUUUAAAGUUUAACAUCUUCAUCUUCACCGAUGAAUCCAACUCAGAGCUCAAGCAGGAAGUUAACCCACUUCCCCUCCCAUUCCCCUCCACUGAUUGCUGCGAGUCAGAGAGCAGUGGAGGAGGGGGUUACUUACAUCUGGGGACACCUUCCCCUCCGCUAGUUGCUGCGAGUCAGAGAACAGCGGAGGAGGGGGUCACCUGAAUGUGGGGACACCUCCUGUUCCUGACCUGUUUGUGGGUUUACCUUUUCCUCUGCUGGAAUCUGCUAGAUGAGACCAGUGGAGCAGGAGGACGCCUACGAAUAGGUCAGAAUUUGAGCGUGUAUCAUCAUCGUGUUGGACACCAGGACCACCUGACAUCUGGAGGGCCAGGGAUUGAUUCGCUGACUUUGGCACCUGUGAUGCUGCUUACUUCUCUUCACUUGCUU